AUCACUGAGGAAGAUUUCAAGCGCCUCUUCGAGCGCUAUGGGGAGCCGAGCGAGGUUUUCAUCAACCGGGACCGCGGCUUUGGCUUCAUUCGCCUGGAAUCUAGGACGCUGGCUGAAAUAGCGAAGGCAGAACUCGAUGGUACUAUUUUGAAGAGCAGACCACUUCGAAUUCGAUUUGCUACACAUGGAGCUGCCUUAACGGUCAAGAAUCUGUCACCUGUCGUUUCUAAUGAGCUGCUGGAACAAGCAUUCUCUCAGUUUGGGCCAGUGGAAAGAGCCGUCGUCGUAGUAGAUGAUCGUGGCAGAGCUACAGGAAAAGGUUUCGUAGAGUUUGCAGCAAAACCUCCAGCAAGGAAAGCUCUGGAAAGAUGCAGUGAUGGGGCAUUCUUGCUAACAACAACACCUCGUCCUGUUGUUGUAGAACCAAUGGAGCAAUUUGAUGAUGAAGAUGGGCUUCCAGAGAAACUAAUGCAGAAAACACAACAGUAUCACAAGGAAAGAGAACAGCCUCCACGUUUUGCUCAGCCUGGAACAUUUGAGUUUGAGUAUGCUUCACGGUGGAAGGCUCUUGAUGAGAUGGAAAAGCAGCAACGUGAACAGGUUGACAGGAACAUUAGAGAAGCCAAAGAGAAACUAGAGGCAGAAAUGGAAGCAGCUAGACAUGAACAUCAGCUAAUGCUGAUGAGGCAAGAUCUCAUGCGGCGUCAAGAAGAAUUGAGGCGUUUGGAAGAACUUAGAAAUCAAGAACUUCAGAAACGCAAGCAGAUACAGUUGAGACAUGAAGAGGAACAUCGACGGCGUGAAGAAGAAAUGCUGCGCCAGAGGGAACAGGAGGAAUUACGACGACAGCAGGAGGGAGGAUUUAAGCCAAAUUUCAUGGACAAUAGAGAACAGGAAAUGAGAAUGGGUGAUAUGGGUCCUCGUGGAGCAAUAAACAUGGGAGAUGCGUUUAGCCCAGCACCUGCUGGUAACCAAGGCCCUCCUCCAAUGAUGGGUAUGAAUAUGAACAACAGAGGAAGUUUACCUGGCCCUGCAAUGGGUCCUGGUCCUUCCAUGGGACCGGAAGGAGCUGCAAAUAUGGGAACACCAAUGAUGCCAGAUAAUGGAACAGUGCAUAAUGAGAGAUUCCCUCAAGGAGGUCCAUCACAGAUGGGUUCGCCUCUGGUUAGUAGAACAGGCUCUGAAACUCCUCAGCCGCCAAUGAGUGGUGUAGGUGCUGUGAGUGGUGGACCUGGUGGCUUUGGUAGAGGAAACCCAGGGGGCAACUUUGAAGGACCUAACAAGCGUCGCAGAUACUAAAACGUGUUUCAUUCCUUACUGUUUAGAAAUUCCAGUAAAACUAUACAGUGGUAUGCCUUUAUAAUUUUAGCUGUUAUCUUGAAACGGUUUUAUUGUUAUUGUAGUCUUUAAAACAGUUUCUUUUGUAAAACUUUUUUUGUAUUCAGUCUCAGGCUUUGUAGUAUAGAGCAGAAAUGAUGCAGGUCAUGAUGUAAGGCAAUGUGUUUGUGACUUUAGCAAAAUACAAUGUGUGACUAUGCUGUAAAACAUGCAGUUAUCUGAUUACAAUAAAAUAAAAAUCACUUGAAAGGA